AAUCCCUACAUGUGUAACAACGAAUGUGACGCCACCACUGAGGAGCUCGCACACCCUCCAGAGCUCAUGUUUGACAUUGAGGGCCGAAAUCCUACUACUUUCUGGCAGUCCACAUCCUGGAAAAAGUACCCAAAAGCCCUCCUGGUCAACAUUACACUAUCUUGGAACAAGACAAUUGAGCUGACGGAUGACAUCAUUCUCACCUUUGAGUCAGGCCGUCCAGAACAGAUGGUCCUAGAAAAGUCACUGGAUUAUGGGCGAACCUGGCAGCCCUAUCAGUUUUAUGCCACAGACUGCCUGGAUGCUUUCACCAUGGAACCCAAGACAGUGCAGGAUCUGACCCAGCAUACCCUCCUGGACAUCAUCUGCACUGAGGAGUACUCUCGAGGCUAUGUGUGGAAGUAUGACAAAACUGUGCGCUUUGAGAUUAAGGACCGCUUUGCUCUGUUUGCUGGGCCCCGUCUCCACAACAUGGCUUCACUUUACGGCCAACUGGACACCACCAAGAACUUGAGGGACUUUUUUACGAUCACAGACCUAAGAGUGCGCCUCCUACGUCCCGCCACAGGAGCUACAAUGGUGGAUGAGAACAACUUGUCCAGAUACUUCUACGCCAUUUCUGACAUUAAAGUCCAGGGCAGGUGCAAGUGCAACCUUCACGCCAACAGCUGUGUGUACGACAAAGAGAAGCUGAGCUGCGAAUGCGAACACAACACCACCGGGCCCGACUGCGGCCGCUGUAAGAGGAACUACCAAGGCCGUGCUUGGAGUGCCGGCUCCUACCUGCCCAUUCCUAAGGGCACGGCCAAUAUCUGUAUUCCUAAUAGCAUUGGUCCAGUUAUUCGGCCGAAUGUCUCAUCCCUAGGUGUCGCUAAUCGAAAAGAAGACUGUGAAUGCUUUGGCCACUCCAACCGAUGCAGCUACAUCGAGCUGUUAAACACCGUCAUUUGUGUGAGCUGUAAGCACAACACUAGGGGGCAGCACUGCCAGCUGUGCAAGCUGGGCUACUACCGCAAUGCCUUGGCAGAACUGGACGAUGAAAAUGUGUGCAUAGACUGUAAUUGUAAUCCCUUUGGCUCAGUCAGUGAUCGCUGUAAUGGCACAGGAUUUUGUAAAUGUAAGGAGGGCACCGCAGGGCCCAAGUGUCAGGAGUGUCUGCCCGGCUAUUUGUGGGACAAUGGCUGCAAAUCACGGGUGUGUGACAACGAACUCCUGCGCUGCCAAAAUGGAGGAGUGUGCAUCAACAACCUCCACUGCAAGUGUCCGGCAGCCUACACGGGCCUUCUGUGUGAGAAGUUCCGUUGUGAGUCUGAGCUGGGCGGCUGUGGAAACGCUGGUUCAGGCCAGGCUGGCAUGCCUCCUCUGUCCUCCCCGGGACUCCUGUUGCUGCUGCUGAUGUUGCUGGGCUUGGCACUGCUGAGAGAGGCCUCCUAAGGUUCUGUCAUGCUCCAGUCAGACCUGUGAUCUGGUGGCAGUCAUAAACUUAUCAGUGCCACCUUCCUAUUUGUCCCGCCCACUUCUUCAAAUAAUCAAGCACCAUUAAACAAGAACAAUCAUGAGCUUUCUGGGCUGUGCUGUACAAGCUUUUCAGCCACCAGACUCAACAGACACGCUGACGAUAAAUGGAAUGUGCCAGACUCUGAGUGCAAAAACCUCUCAUUAAAUUUCAAAGAAUAUAUAUAAAAAUGAAAAAGAUACUUUAAUAACAUGUGACAUUAUAAAAGAAAAGACUAACUGAGAAUUUGCCUAAUGAAAGAGACCGUCCCCUCCCCCUCUAAGCCAUACCAGGUACUUGAGCUCCUUCCAGUUUGAGAAGGGAUAACUGAUGAUGACAAACUCAUUUACAUCCUGUCUUAUUGCCAUGGCAACAACAGCUGCGAUCAAUCAGCUUUUGCCUGGCCUAAAGUCCCCCUUGGAUGCUUAUGUUGGCUGGACUAACGCCUAAGAAAUCUUGAGGAAAUCAUCCUCCACUGAACGGCAAAGACUGGCCUCUGAAGCAUUGAUGUAUCAACAAACAGAAAAGAUAAAAAUGUCUAGGAAGGAUUCUUUGCUGUCAGUGCAUUGUGGAUAGAAGGGAAUCUGUCCGGACUGCCACUUUGCGACACUAAAACCUCCCCGUGUCGCUUUCUGUUGAGCCCGAUCUUUUCCCACCUCCUGUUCAACCUCUGCGACCCCUUCCUCCAUGCUGUCACUGACCUGUGCUUUCAUGAACAUGUAACACUUGUUGGUUGAAAGAAUUUUUUUGUCCGAUGUAAGUGAUUCUCACGUGUAAGAAUUCCACUCCCUCUCUUUCAAAUAGAUGCUCCAACAAGCUGUCUAAUUCUUUUCUAUCUUAAUGCUCCCUGCAGUCAUGGUCAGAGGAUAGUUUUCACUUGAGCAGAUGAGACGUACAUAGAAAACCAUCGAUGUAUGUGCAAGUUCUUUUCUCGAUAGAGCAAAACAAGAUAAGUCAUGUAGUCCUUUUGUAGCUUUGCUGAACUGUGACGGAAAAAAGGCAACCUUUAAUGUUCCAAUUUAAGACAUCUAAAAGCAAGCAAUUACAUUUUUUCAUAUUUAUUUCACUGAUUUUAGUUCUUCAUUUUACUUUUAGUUGUGCCGUUGAUUUUCCUUUGUAUUGGCAACGUGCUGGCAUCAAAGAAUAUCCGUUUACAUAUAAAGUAUUAAUAAAAUGUAAUGAAAUCCCACCAAAGGACAUGAUAAAUGUUUUGUUCUUGCUUUAACACUUGAAAAUUUAAGUGAAUAAAAGUUGAAAAA